AUACGCCUGUUCCACGGCUCCAGCCCUUCUCGCUCUCUCUUUCAACGACCCCCCUCGUUUCUCUCUCCUCUCGCGGUCUCCUCUCCUCUCAUCCCAUCGCUCCCAAAUUCGCUUCGUCAAGCCGGCCGCAGGCACCAUGGCUGCCUCCGCCUCCGCCUCCCUCUUCGCCCCCUGCGCCAUCGCCUCCAAGCUCGGGUCGGGGUACCCGUCCUAUGGCCCCCGCCGCCGCGUUGACGCGCGCCGCGGCCGCCUCUCGGUGGUCGCCGUGCAGACGGGCCCGCAGAAGCCGUCGCCGUCCCCGGCGGAGGCCGAAUCGGAGGCGCUGCAGAAUCUCCUGAAGAGGGAGUACAAGUACGGCUUCGUAUCUGACUUCGAGUCCUUCUCCAUCCCCAAGGGGCUCUCGGAGGCCACCGUCCGCCGCAUCUCGGAGCUCAAGGCGGAACCAGCAUGGAUGCUGGACUUCCGCCUCGCCGCCUACCGCCGCUUCCUCACCAUGGUGGAGCCCACCUGGAGCGACAACGAAUACUCGCCGGUCGACCUCCAGUCCCUCUGCUUCUACUCCGCGCCCAAGACCAAGCCCAAGCUCAACAGCCUCGACGAGGUCGACCCAGAGCUGCUCAAAACAUUCGACCGCCUCGGCAUCCCUCUCGGUGAGCAGAAACGUCUCUCCAACGUUGCCGUCGAUGCCGUCAUCGACUCCACCUCCAUCGCCACCACCCACCGGGAGGCGCUCAUGGCCAAGGGCGUCAUAUUUUGCUCCAUCUCCGAGGCCAUCCGCGAGUACCCGGACCUCAUCAGGCGCUACAUCGGAAGCAUCGUGCCGCCUGGUGAUAACUACUAUGCUGCCCUGAAUUCAGCGGUGUUCAGUGAUGGGUCCUUCUGCUACGUACCCAAGGAUACGGUUUGCCCCAUGGAGAUAUCGACCUACUUCAGAAUCAAUGACAAGGAGACCGGGCAAUUUGAGAGGACUCUCAUUGUGGCUGAUGCCAGAAGCACGGUUAGCUAUUUGGAAGGCUGUACUGCUCCAGCAUACGACUCCAACCAGCUCCAUGCGGCGGUUGUGGAGCUUGUGUGUGAAGAGGGAGCCGAGAUUAAAUACUCCACCGUGCAGAAUUGGUAUGCUGGUGACGAAGAGGGGAAAGGGGGCAUUUACAAUUUUGUGACUAAGAGGGGGCGGUGCAAGGGGCGCGGCUCGAAAAUCUCAUGGACACAAGUUGAGACAGGGUCCGCGAUCACGUGGAAGUACCCAAGUGUGGAGCUUGUUGGCGAUGACACUGUUGGGGAGUUCUAUUCGGUGGCUCUGACAAAGGAUUAUCAGCAGGCAGAUACAGGGACAAAGAUGAUCCACAAGGGGAAGAAUUCACGCAGCCGGAUUAUAUCCAAGGGUAUCUCAGCUGGGAAAUCGAGGAAUUGUUACCGUGGGCUGGUUCAGAUGAAUUCAGGUGCAGAGAAUGCUUAUAAUUCUUCGCAGUGUGAUUCAUUGCUGAUUGGGGAUAACGCUGCGGCCAAUACCUAUCCCACUAUUCAGGUGGGUUGCACUAGUGGCCGUGUUGAACAUGAGGCAAGCACUUCCAAAAUUGGUGAGGACCAGCUAUUCUAUUUCCAGCAAAGAGGGAUAGAUCAUGAAAAGGCUGUUGCAGCUAUGAUCGGUGGAUUCUGUAGAGCUGUUUUUGAGCACCUUCCUUAUGAGUUCGCCCAGGAGGUGGAUGCACUUAUGAACCUGAAGCUCGAGGGAUCAGUUGGUUAAUUUGUUGGCUCAACAAGUCAACGAAAUAUCACCCGAUAAUUAUCUGAAAUAUCAUAUGAUGAUUAUCUAGAAAGUCCAUGUGUACAGCAGUAUGGGGAAUUGAGGACUGAGAAGAAUAAAUCACAUGAUAAAUGGGCGUUCCUUAGCUUCUCUGCCAGUUAUGGGGUCCAUGACGACAAAGAGAAUGCUUCUCAUUUGUCUGUCCAUUUUUGUUUCUGGUUCUUCUGCUGUAAAGGAGCUCAUGUUGUGCUGGGAUGCUUAUACAAGAAAUAGAAACUCUCGUCCUUACUUAUUUGUAUCAGUGUAUGUAUGCCCAAACUUGAUUCAUAUGACGCGAACUCCUUUUUAGGUUCCCAGACAAUUUGUUUUGAUUCAAGGGCA